AUGGCUGAUUCCAAGUCUGGGACAGAAUAUAAACAAGUUCCUUUCCUGCAAAGCUGCAUUGGGAUUGUUUCUUUAGAACUGCACCAGGCGCGCUGGGAGCGUGGCGGGAGCAGUGGCACAAGAAAACCGAAUGUUGCGGACUUCACUUCUGGCUGGAACGCCACUUACAAUGCGGAGGGCGGGCGUGGUCGCGCAGCGCCCGGGCGUGGAGGGGAGGGGCCCGCCACCGAUUUCGCAGCGGGCGGAGCGCUCGCGUGGCGUCCUGGUAUCCGGGCGAGUUUUCCUCGCGAGGCGCACGGAACUUUCGGUCUUCCCCGGGUCUUUCUCCCUUGGUUCGACUGCCCCGUGGGCUCCGGCAGCCGGGCCGGCGGCCCCUCCGCGGGCCCCGCCAGGCCAAACCCCGCCAGCAUGGACCCCGCGGCGGAGCUGGUCGGCUACGUGAACGGCCGCGAGAUAAGUCCAAAACUCUUCUCAGAAGAUGAGUCUCUGCCGUUGGAUUCAACUCAAGAACCAAUAUUUCCUCCAGAGCUAAUGGGCCCUGUUCAGUGUCGUAGCCUUGGAGACAAGUAUGAGAGUGCUAUAGAAGAUCUUCAUUCUAGACAUCCCUGCAGCACACUAAACUAUGAGGUGAAAUAUGUAUGGGACGUCAAGGACACUUUUAUAUGGAAUCCCAAAGUAUGCUUGUUGUUCCCAAAAGAGAGGAUCAAGAAAUUGAUGUCUGUGUUUCUACAGUUUCUGAAAUACAUACAGGACAUAGUUGCUGUGACCUUGAAGCUCCCAGCUAACAAGGUCGUGUGUCAUGCAAAGCGUGGUGAUGGGAUGUUUGAGGGGAAGAGCAAUAAAACCGGCAUCAUGGCAGCCAUCACCACAUUUGCUGCCAAGUAAGUGGAAAAAAUCUGCUAAAUAGACAAAAAAUAAAAGGAAGUCAU